AUGUAUAAAAGAUUAAAAAAGUUUCUUCAAAAGGGAAACUUUAUUAAUAGUGAAGGAAAAAUUACAAAAAAGGGAUCUUUUGCUGUAUCUGCAAGAUUCAAUAAAAAUAAUAUGGUAAUUGCAGAAAUGAUGAAUAAUAAUGAAUUUUUUCACUUAGAAAAAAUUGAAAUUAUUGAAAUACUUGCUAUGCUUCAAAAAGAUGAUGAAUUUGGCAGAGAAGAAAGUUUUGAAUCAAACAUUCCUACAAAGGACAUUUUAGAAAGAUAUUGUCAAAUAUUUUAUAAAAAUGAACGUGCUUUUAAGGUGAUUGAUGAAAAUGAAGAAUAUAAAUCACCAUUAGUCUUUAAAUAUGUAAACUGUAUAAAAAAAAUAUACUGUGGUGUUCCAAUUACGAAAGUUUCAAGUUCCAAUAUGAUGUAUUAG